AUGCAUACAUGCAUCAGACCCGAAGGGCCCUUUGCUACUCUACCCAAAGAACUCUACAUCACCAUAUCCGACUUUCUCACAUUGGCCGACUUGAACGCUUUCAGCCGCUCCAGUAUAACAGCCCAUACCCUCCUUAAUACUACACUUUACAAACGUGAUGCAGCCUCACCAAACCCUAAGUCCCUCUUUUGGGCCUCAAUCCACAACAACCCCGCGACAGCCCUGAAAUCCCUCUCCGCAGGCUGUGACGUCACUUUAAAGACCGACAUGGACACCCGCCUAUCAGGCUGCACGUCAAUUCUCUUGGCGUCCUUCUAUAACAGCCUUGCCGUCCUUAAAAUUCUCCUCUUAGACGACAACGCCAACCCAAAUCUCCGAGAUCGAAAAUGGAUCCGACCCCCGCUAUCCUGGGCCGUCAAAGGAGGCCACGCAGAGAUCGUGCAAGCGCUUCUGAAUGACAGUCGCACUGAUGUCAACCUGCAGGACAAAACGGGCGAUACAGCACUAAUGAUUGCUGCCAACUUUUGUCCUCGGAUGAUGGAAUUCCUUCUCUGCUCUCGGCAAACCGAUCCGCGCAUUGCGAACCGACAGGGCUGGACGCCGCUCGGACGUGCAUCACGCGAUCCAGAUGCCGAGGUGGGGUUACUGCUUGCUCGGCAUUUGCAGCUGAUUCUUAGUGGAGAUGACGAAGCAACUCAUUGUCAACAGGUGUUUCACUAUGCGGCUGUCAUGGGUCAUGUGGACAUAGUGCAGUACCUGGUAAAAUACUUUGGGGAAAAGCUUGAUCCUAAUGCCAAUGGUCAGCAAUUUGGGCGUGGGGCAUUCUCAAUCGCGGCGGCUAAUGGGCGGGUGGAUGUUGUCAGAUUCUUAUUGGAGUGGAGUGUGACUGAGCCAAAUCUGCAGACAGAUUGGAAGAGGCAAACCCCCCUGUUUACUGCCGCGGAGGAGGGAAGAGAGGAUAUUGUAGAGGUUUUGAUUGGAUGUGAUAGGGUUGGGUUGGAUAUUGCCAAUAUGCAAGGGGCAACGCCGCUGGGAGUUGCGGCAGACAAGAAUCAUGCGGGGAUAGUAAGGCAGUUACUUCGUGCGUCAAGACCUGUCGAUCCCAACGCUUGCGACGAGAACGGCCAGACGCCGUUGCUCAAUGCCGCUUUCUACGGCUAUCUAGAUAUCGUGGAGUUAUUGCUCGGCGUAGUUGACAUCGACCCACAACUAAAAAACAGCGAGGGAAAGACACCCUUGGGGGUUGCGCUGGAGAGAGGAAACCAGAGCGUCGUGCAAGCACUGCGAAGUCAUUUGACGAAUGAAUAA